AAAAUAAGCAUCGUAACACCACCGAAGUACUAAAGUUGGUUUUUAAACUCGAAAUUGUGUAUGUAUUUUCAAAAUUAUCAUAUUUCCAUGAGAAGUAAUAGACGCGAUAUGGCAUCCAAUCCAACUGGUAUUACGUGCAAUAGCUCUGAAUUGAAGGCGUGCCCUCACUGCAAUCGCACCUUCAAUCCGUCUGUACUGAGCAAGCACGUGGCCAUCUGCGGCAGGGGUCUGAAGAAACGGCAGAUAUUUGACUCCUCGCUUCAGCGUCGCGAAGGCUUCAAAUACUUCAAUAUGGGCACUAACAACAGCUUUAGGCCCCUGAAUGCUGAAUGUGGAGUGUCUUGCUCUCACAGAAUAAAAAAGCUGAGCACAUUGAAGACCCCUUCAACUGAUGCAACUAAGCAACAGAACGUAGGUGGCGAUGUGCCAAAUAGCCGAAAUGUAUCAUUGCCACCGAAUACUCCGGCUUCAAGUUCAACGUUAAUCCGUGAGUCCAUGCCGAGCAGCCAUCGUGGCAGUAUUACGCUGGAACGUUGUCCGCACUGUAAUCGCAGCUUCAAUCAGAAGGCCAUAGACAGUCACAUUGCUUACUGCAUGGAGAAGACUGUUGUAGCAUCCUUUAACUACGACAGCGAUGACAUACAGUUGGCCAAGAAGCGUACGGAGGCACGCUUGAAUUAUAAGCCUCCCAUGCCUAGGAUCAAGCACAGUUCGGAUCGAUAAAAUAUCGUUUGGACAGGACCUUUAGAUGUUCGUAAAGUUUGAAAAGAUCACAAAUUUUAGGCACAAAAUAUAAUUGGAGCAACACAGGCGAUGCAUUCUGAGACUCCAAAUACGAAAAACGAAGCACAGGCAGCUCAACGACAAAUCAGCAUCUACAACUCACGCAAAAAAGCUCUUUCACGUAGAACACAAUCGAAAAGCCCUUGAGAGAAUGUUGUUGAUAUGAGAAGUGGGAAAAGAGAAUCUGAACCUUCGCUUUUCGCGCAGUGUACGCUCUGCGGACAAUUUAAGCCCAAAAACCAACUGACAAGUUGGCGUCCGACGUUGACGGCGACGUUAUGAAAGAGUGAGAUUUUUAAUUAUUGUUUCCAUGUAGCGCUCUCCUUUGUUGUGUGUCGCAUGUCAGAGUCGCAGUCCGACAUUGCAGUAAGCGUUUUUUGUUUCUUUUUCAUGUAACACAUACACACUCACACACUUGCACACACUCACACCCUCACGCCGUGAGUGUCCAACCACAAACACGAGCAAGAAUCGAAACCAAACAACCAAAACUCAAGAACACGAGCUGCUGUCCAACUCAAAUUGUUUUCUAUCGUGACACAUGAGAGCGCUUCAUAAGGUGCUGAAUAAAAACCUGCCUGUGUGUAUAAUUUUUCAUGACACGGUCCCACAGUAUAAUAA